AUGUUAUUCUUAUUUUUUCAGGUAUUUAUUUAUGCAUCUUCAAAUGAAAACAAAAAGUCAACUACAAAUUUGCAGUCUUCGAUGAAUGAAAACAGAAGCAUAGAACAACAAUUAAGCAAAAAUUCUAACAUGCAUAAAUGUAUUUCUUUUAAAACCAACAAUAAACAUUCAGCUGAUGAACAUUCAAAAGAUUACAAUCCAGAAAACUUUACAAGAUGUAGAGAAAAAAUUAAAAAAAAGGUUGAAUCUAAAAUUCCUAUAAAAGUUGGUAGUGAUAUUUAUGCUAAAAUGUUUAAAAAAAAUGAAACAAACAAUUCACAUUUAAAAAAAGAAAAUUGUUCUAAAAUUCCUAUAAAAGGCAAUAGAAAUAAAAGGUUGCCCGAAGCAAACUUGUCUAAAAUUCCCCGCUUUAUAAAAUUACAAAACCACUCCUCUAAGAACUAUUUUGAAGAAGUUUACAAAAAUAUUCAUUUUUAUGAGGAUUUUAAUGACUUCUUAGAAGAUUAUGAAGGUAUUCUUUUUAGUACAAAUUACGCUUCAUCUCCAAACCGUAGUGAGGAGCCAACAAACUCUGGUGAAAUAAAUAAAAAUAUUUUAGGUGACUUAAAUAUUCCUGAAAAUAAUGAAUUAGAAAAAACUCAAGAAAUGAGUCUAAAAAUGAGAUUAAAUCCUUCCAUUGAAGAGCUUUUAAAAUCUAAUAAAGAUCCAACAUUUGAAGUUGAAAUAAAUACACAACAGCAGCUUAAAAUCAACAAUUCAAAUUUGUAUCUUUUAAAUAUUAUAAAAAAUGCAGAUGCAAAAAUAAAAAAUUAUAUUGAUAAACAAAAAAGUAAUAAAGGGUUGUUAAACAAUAAUGAUAUACAGCUUUUACACAAUAUUAACUAUAUUAUUUAUCAAUUUAGAGAACAAAUAACUUUUUCUACUACACAAUACUGUGAUGUAUUAGAUUUUAUAUUUAUUAAAGGGAAAUUAGAAUGCAAGUAUUCUUUAGCAGUUGCAUUUACUAAAAUUAUGACUUUUAGAGAAGUUUUUAUAAAAAUAUUAGAAAACAUCGAAAAGUGUUUUAGCGAUGAAAAAGUUACAAUGCAAUAUUUACAUGAUGUUUAUUUAGAUUUAACAGAUGUUCUUUCGAAGGUUAAAACAGAAACAAAGGAAUUUUCUGAUUUAUAUAAAACAAUUACAGGUGAAAAAUCAGAUUUAGUGAUAGAUGAAGAUUUCACGAUAAGAUUAAUGGAAUUUUUUUAUGCACUUAUAUCCAUAGAAAAAUGUAUUAAAGAAGAUAAAAAAUUAUGUAAAUUUGAGAAUCUUCAGUGUAUUAAUGAAGCUUUUAUUUACGAUACUAAAGAUUUCAAUAAUUAUAACAAAGACGGUAAUUUUCAGUAUUGGUUAGAUCUAAAAAGUUUUAUAAAAGAACUAGAGCUAAGUGCAUUUAUUACUAUUUUUGAUAAGUCAAAUUCAAUUGAAUCAUUGUUUAACAAAAUACAUAAAAUCUUAAAGAUUAUAAAAAAAGAUUUUGAAAAUGAUCUUAGUAAACCUUGCGAAAGAAUUUAUAAAUCAAAUAUUUUUCAAAUAGUAAAAAAUUCUCUUUAUGAAAUUAGAGACAGUGACAUAGAUUAUAUGUUUUUUUCUACAAAAGCUACAGAAUUAUUUCAGCACAGUCUUAAAGAAUAUUACAAUAUAGUAAUAAAUGAUUUAGGAUAA